AAAUAUAUGCUGCCAGCGUAUUAGCCAACGUUUUCCGAACAUAGCAACGUUAUCCAUGAGAUAGAGACAAACCUGCUAAACUGUAACUUUGUAACAUGUAAGUCGUGAGAAAGAGUUUAACCGCUUUGUAGCGUUAUCUGGUUGGUUUUAUUAAACAAAUGAAACCACGUAACGUUAGCUAACUAAAGCCUGACGGUAGGUAGGGACAGCUUACAGUUCAUGUUUUAACUGCUGGGAGCAGCGACGUUACCUAGGUUAGUGAUAAACAAGUCUGAGCCGGGGACGUCUGCAAGAAGGACUCGUCGACAUGAUCCUCUCUCGUGUGAAGCCAGCCGUGGGAGCAGAGACACCGGCGAGCAUCAGCGAGAAGAAGAAGAAAAACAAGACCAAGGUCCCUCGUUUGGAGGAAUACCUUCAACAGAGGGACUAUCUUGGGGCCUUGACACUCUUAGAGUUUCAGAGAAGUAUUGGCGAGAAAGAGGAUCAUGCAGACCUUUGGAUUGGCUACUGUGCCUUUCACUUGGGUGAUUACAAGAGAGCUAUGGAGGAGUACAAGUCUCUGACAACAAAGACUGAAUGUCCUGAUGAGGUGUGGGUCUAUCUGGCCUGUGCCUUGUUUUUUCUGGGGCUCUAUAAAGAGGCAGAGGAGGCUGCAUCUAAGGCGCCAAUGUCCCCACUGCAAAACAGAUUACUAUUCCACUUGGCUCACAAGUUCAAUGAUGAGAAGAAGCUGAUGGGUUUCCACCAGAACCUCGAGGAUGUGACAGAAGACCAGCUGAGCCUGGCAUCCAUUCACUACAUGCGCUCCCACUACCAGGAGGCUAUAGACAUCUAUAAACGACUUUUACUACAGAACAGAGAUUUCCUGGCCCUGAAAGUUUACGUGGCUCUGUGUUACUACAAGCUGGACUACUAUGAUGUGUCCCAGGAGGUGUUGGCUGUCUACCUGCAGAGCAUGCCUGACUCCACUAUUGCCCUCAACCUCAAGGCCUGCAACCAUUUCAGACUUUACAAUGGCAAGGCAGCUGAGGCUGAGUUGAAGAACCUAAUCGACAUCUCGUCCUGCUCCUUUGAGUUUGCUAAGGAGCUUAUCCGACACAACCUGGUAGUGUUUCGUGGAGGGGAGGGGGCGUUGCAGGUGCUGCCUCCUCUGAUUGAUGUGAUCCCUGAGGCCAGACUCAACCUGGUCAUCUACUAUCUCAGACAAGAUGACGUCCAGGAAGCUUAUAACCUCAUCCAAGAUUUGGUGCCCACGACGCCUCAGGAGUAUAUUUUGAAAGGAGUGGUGAAUGCCGCACUGGGACAAGAAAUCGGAUCAAGGGAUCACCUGAAAAUUGCUCAGCAAUUCUUCCAGUUGGUCGGAGGCUCGGCUAGUGAAUGCGAUACUAUUCCUGGCAGACAGUGUAUGGCCUCCUGCUUCUUCCUUUUGAGACAGUUUGAAGAUGUACUCAUAUAUCUAAACUCAGUCAAGGGUUACUUCUAUAAUGAUGAUACAUUCAACUUCAACUAUGCUCAGGCUAAAGCAGCACUUGGCAACUACAAAGAAGCAGAAGAGAUUUUUCUGCUGAUUCAGAGUGAAAAGAUCAAAAACGACUAUGUUUACCUCAGCUGGCUGGCACGAUGCUAUAUAAUGAACCAGAAGGGCCGGCUUGCCUGGGAGCUCUAUCUGAAGAUGGGCACUUCCUCUGAUUCCUUCAGUCUGCUGCAGCUCAUUGCCAAUGACUGCUAUAAGAUGGGCCAGUUCUACUAUGCAGCCAAAGCGUUUGAUGCACUGGAGAAACUGGACCCAGGCUCCAACUACUGGGAAGGCAAGAGGGGGGCGUGUGUCGGCAUCUUCCAGCUCAUACUGGCAAACAAGGAGUCCAAGGAAACACUUAAAGAGGUGGUGCCCCUGCUGCAAAAUUCAGGAAACCCCCAGGUUGAAUACAUCAUCCGAGCUCUGAGGAAGUGGGCCAAAGACAACAGAGUCCUCCUCUCAUGAUAGCCUUCAGCACUGAACUUCAGCUCAAUACAGGUCUACAUCAAGAGUAGUUACGUUAUGCAGACGUCAGCAGUCAUUUCACUUGAAUGAACUGUAUGAAUGAUAUCUAUGCCACAUGAAGCAAUAAAAAAUAUUGAGCUGUUACCUCUGCUACACUGUAGUGCAGGGGCACUCAACUUGCUUCGCCCGGCCACCACUUUUGCAAAAUGACAGAAGGACAGGGGCAAGUUAGUAGACAAACAUUAAUAAUAUUUAUCAGAAACAUUAACAAACAUUAGCAACGUAGAUGUGGUUAAAUAAGACGACUGCCCAUGGUGCCUGAUAUUACCAUAUAACCAUGCAUACAGCAGUUGUUAUUUGGCAAAUUAAAGUGCUUAAGAAUUUCUGUCAAUUUUUCAUAGAAUUGCUUGUUUUCAUUGUCAACCAUUCAACAUUUGCUGCCCUCACUCAUCUUUUCUCAGAGGCAGGUCCAGUCUCAGCAGCCCUGCACAGGUCAGGCGGACCUGAACUUUUUUUUUUCGCAGAUCACUGAAAGGCUAAUAUGCAGUGUCCAAAGCAACAGGCAAGAGACAUUAUUGAGCAUUUACUAAAUGGUAUAAACAAACAAAGAAAUUCACAGUGUGGAUCAGUUUAUUUUCUUUGUGAACUAGACAAUGGGCCACCCUGCACCGUAUCAGGCCUUAAAUUGAGUAUCACUGCUGUAGUGUUUUAUAUUAAAAUUUAAAUUUAAAAUUAUUGUACGUUUUGAUCUGCUAUUGUCUAUAUUUGUAUGAAAAUGUGACUAUGUAUUUUUAAAAUUACUUUUAUGUUGUCAGUGAUAUAUUUGUAUGAAUUGUAGUGCGGUAACUGAUGUAUUGCAGUUUUUUCUCUGCUUUUGUUUUAAACAAUACAAAAAUAAAAACAAAACAAUAAGAUAAAGAAAUC